AUGAGUGCGUUUAAAAAGCAGUACCGUCCCUCCGCUGCAGCCUUUAGAAGAUCGUUGUCAGAACAGGGGAGUGGAAGUACAAAAGUUGCAGCUAAUUUGAAGGACUAUCAAUGGUACUACCAAAUGAAGAGUAAGAGGACACAUGAACAAGCUAUUUCAGAUCUAGGGAAGUCACUUGGUGCAUACAGGUGGCAGACGCAUCCCAGGUUUCACUGGAAGGGGAGCAAGAGAGAGUUGUCUCACAGUCUUAAAUGGAAACAUAAUCAGCUAAGUCCUAUUGAAUGCCCUUUGAGGAUGGACAAUAGUGGUGUUGAUGCUCUCCAGGAAGACCCAGCAAGAAAGAUGAGCCAGGCAGAUAGUAUACCAUUUCGAGUUCCAUUCAGCAGGUCUAUGUCUGAGCCUUCACCACACUGGAGAAAUAGAAGUGUAAAGCCAUUUCUGCAACCAGUGCGCUCAGUAGAUUGUGAGCAACAGGGAUAUUUCAUCCAUGGUAUCUUCUCUACACUUUCAAAUGGCUUUUCUAAGAUGUUGACCCGAAAAGGGGAGCCCAGCACUGAGCCAGUGAAUGAAUGGGGGACAGACUGUAAUCAGAUUGAUUUGAAUACAGAUGUGAAAGGGCCACCUACCCACAGACUGUCCUGCGGCCAGUCUCCCUACACUGAAACUACAACAUGGGAGAGAAAAUAUUGCAUCCUGACGGACAGUCAGCUGGUGCUGCUCAACAGGGAGAAGGAGAUGCCUGUGGAGGGGGUACAGGAGCAGCAGGCAGAAUCUACCAAAGGGCGGUGCCUGCGACGUACAGUAAGCGUCCCAUCUGAGGGUCAGUUUCCUGAAUAUCCACCAGAGGGAGCCACUAAGCUUGAGGUCCCAGCAGAGAGGUCUCCUCGCAGAAGGAGCAUCUCAGGAACCAGCACAUCCGAGAAAACCAACUCCAUGGAUGCUUCAAACACCUCUCCUUUCAAAGUCCCCGGCUUCUUCAGCAAACGUCUGAAAGGCUCCAUCAAGAGGACAAAGAGCCAGUCAAAGCUGGACAGGAAUACAAGUUUCCGUCUUCCAUCUCUCCGCAACGCUGAUGACAGGUCUCGUGGACUGCCAAAGCUGAAAGAAUCUCGUUCACAUGAGUCUUUGCUUAGCCCGGGCAGCGCAGUGGAGGCAUUGGAUCUUGGGAUUGAAGAGAAAGUUUUUGUCAAACCGCUUCACAGCAGUAUCCUUGGACAAGACUUCUGCUUUGAGGUAACCUACUCCAGCGGCAGUAAAUGUUUCAGUUGUUCCUCUGCAGCAGAGAGAGACAAGUGGAUGGAAAACCUACGCAGGACUGUGCAGCCUAACAAGGACAACUGCCGUCGAGCCGAGAAUGUGCUCCGUCUCUGGAUCAUUGAGGCCAAGGACUUGGCCCCCAAGAAGAAAUACUUCUGUGAGCUGUGCCUUGACGACACUCUGUUUGCCCGCACCACCAGCAAAACAAAAGCAGACAACAUCUUCUGGGGCGAACACUUUGAGUUCUAUGGCCUCCCGCCCCUCCAUAGCAUCACAGUUCACAUCUAUAAGGAUGUGGAGAAGAAGAAGAAAAAAGACAAGAAUAACUAUGUAGGACUGGUCAACAUCCCCAUGGCCAGCGUGACUGGCCGUCAGUUUGUGGAAAAGUGGUACCCAGUCAGCACACCUACGCCCAAUAAAGGGAAAUCAGGGGGGCCUUCCAUUCGGAUCAAGUCCCGAUACCAGACCAUCACCAUCCUCCCCAUGGAACAGUACAAAGAAUUUGCAGAGUUUGUUACUAACAACUACACCAUGCUGUGCUCAGUGCUGGAGCCUGUGAUCAGCGUGAGGAACAAGGAGGAGAUGGCCUGUGCUUUGGUGCACAUUCUUCAAAGCACUGGCAGAGCCAAGGACUUCUUGACCGAUCUGGUGAUGUCUGAGGUAGAUCGCUGUGGGGAGCAUGAUGUUUUGAUCUUCAGGGAGAAUACACUUGCCACCAAAGCCAUUGAGGAGUACCUAAAGCUGGUAGGACAGAAGUAUCUUCAUGAUGCACUAGGGGAAUUCAUCAAGGCUUUAUAUGAGUCAGAUGAGAACUGUGAAGUCGAUCCCAGCAAAUGUUCAUCCAGUGAAUUAACUGAUCAUCAGAGCAACUUGAAAAUGUGUUGUGAGCUGGCCUUUUGCAAGAUUAUCAACUCCUAUUGUGUGUUUCCUCGUGAGCUGAAGGAGGUGUUCGCAUCCUGGAAGCAGAAGUGCCUCAGUCGGGGCAAGCAGGACAUCAGUGAACGCCUGAUCAGCGCCUCACUCUUCCUCCGUUUCCUGUGCCCGGCUAUCAUGUCCCCUAGUCUCUUCAGUCUCAUGCAGGAGUAUCCUGACGACCGGACAUCUCGCACUCUGACACUCAUUGCUAAAGUCAUUCAGAACCUCGCCAAUUUUGCUAAGUUUGGUAAUAAAGAGGAGUACAUGGCCUUCAUGAAUGAUUUCCUGGAACAUGAAUGGGGGGGAAUGAAGCGCUUUCUGCUGGAGAUCUCUAACCCAGACACCAUCUCAAACACCCCUGGGUUUGAAGGCUACAUUGAUCUGGGCAGGGAGCUCUCAGUUUUGCACUCCCUAUUAUGGGAGGUUGUGUCCCAACUUGAUAAGGGUGAAAAUUCCUUCCUACAGGCGACCGUGGCAAAACUUGGACCCCUCCCUCGCAUUCUUGCUGACAUCACCAAGUCAAUGACCAAUCCUACGCCAAUACAGCAGCAGCUGCGGCGUUUCACCGAGCACAGCUCUAGUCCAAAUGUCAGUGGCAGUCUCUCUUCAGGGCUUCAGAAGAUAUUCGAGGACCCCACUGACGGUGACUCACAUAAACUGAAAUCUCCAACCCAGGAAAAUAUAGAUGGGUAUUUUCGAGGGAAAACCUUACUGUUGGUUCAGCAGGCAUCCACCCAGAGCAUGACUUACUCAGACAAGGACGAGAGGGAGAGCAUACUGCCCAAUGGACGUAGCGUCUCCCUCAUGGACCUGCAGGACCCCCACGCAACUCACAGCGAUCACACAUCCAUCCUGCACGAUGUGCCUUUGCGUCUGGCAGGCAGCCAGCUUUCUAUAACACAGGUGGCCAACAUCAAACAACUGCGGGAGACUCAGAGCACGCCGCAGAGCGCUCCCCAAGUAAGGAGACCGCUGCACCCAGCCUUGAAUCAGCAGGGCAGCCUCCAGCCCCUCUCCUUCCAGAAUCCGGUUUACCAGCUCAACAACCCGCCUCCACCAAUGCCAAAGGCCUCUGUGGACUCCAGCUUGGAGAACUUAAGCACUGCCAGUUCCCGGAGCCAAAGUAACAGUGAAGACUUCAAACUCAGUGGACCCAGCAACAGCAGCAUGGAGGACUUCACCAAACGCAGCACACAGAGUGAGGACUUUACCAGGCGGCACACUGUGCCAGACAAGCAUGUACCUAUGGCUCUGCCCCGCCAGAACAGCACUGGGCAGGCACAGAUCCGUAAAAUGGACCAGGUUGGGUUGGGCGCCAGGGCCAAAGCACCACAGUCCCUGCCACAUAGCGCUUCCUUGCGGAGCACAGGGAGCCUGUCGGCAGCUUCAGGUGCAAUGGUGACAGAGCCAGUUCAGAAUGGGAGCCGGUCACGGCAGCAGUCCUCGUCCUCCAGAGAAAGCCCUGUCCCCAAAGUGAGGGCAAUUCAGCGGCAGCAGACGCAGCAGGUUCAGUCACCUGUGGACUCAGCCACAAUGUCACCAGUGGAAAGGACAGCUGCAUGGGUUCUGAAUAACGGGCAGUAUGAAGAGGAAGAGGUGGAUACAGAGCAGCAUCAAGAUGAAGUCAAGCAUGCUGAGAAGUACGAGCAAGAGAUAGCAAAGCUGAAGGACCGUCUGAAAGUGUCAAGCCGCCGAUUGGAGGAGUAUGAGCGGCGUCUUCUGGUGCAGGAGCAGCAAAUGCAGAAGCUGCUGAUGGAAUACAAGACAAGGCUGGAAGACAGUGAGGAACGACUACGCAGGCAGCAGGAAGAGAAGGACAGUCAGAUGAAAAGCAUCAUUAGCAGGCUAAUGGCGGUCGAAGAGGAGCUGAAGAAGGAUCAUGCUGAAAUGCAAGCAGUCAUUGAUGCAAAGCAGAAAAUUAUUGAUGCACAGGUCAUAAAUGGGGAUGAGAUAAUUCCAACAGGAGAAGCGGAUCGUGUCUCUGGACUCAGCCAACACUCGGCUGAUGAGUGCCCUGACACAGGUGAAGGAGCGCUACAGCAUGCAGGUCCGCAAUGGCAUCUCCCCCACCAACCCCACCAAGCUUUCCAUCACGGAGAAUGGUGAAUUCAAAAACAGCAGCUGCUAACAGGUUAGAUGCUGCUGGCCAUCUUCCCAGGGGCAGGGCAGACGGAAGCAGACUCAAGAAAGCCAAACACAGAUUCCUUACAGGUUUACAGAAUGCUGCUAAAGAAAAACUCUGGAGUGGGGAAAUAUAGCCCACCAUUCAGACCAGGAUAAUAAGGGCAAGGGCCCUCCAUAUCGCUGUGUAUAUACAUAGGGAGCCUGUUGUGGGCCGUGUACAGAAAAUGCCAUUGUAAUAUACCAAAAGGAAGUCAACCAUGUAGAUUUUUUUUUAAUUAUUGCUAUUUUUAUUAUUAUUUUUUCCUCUUGUUCAAAGCACUGCAGUCCUUGGGGAGGAAGAAGAGGAAAAGAGAGGAGUGUGUGUGCGCAUGUCCGGUGUGGGUGAGGGCGUGAGCGAGAGAGACAGAAGCAGUUGGUUACUUAGAAGCUGUACAUAUCAGGGUGAUUGAUACAAGCACAUGGAAUGAAGUGAAAUAUUAGUUAAAUGAAUUAUAAAAGAAACUCGUCUGCCAAUUUUAACCUUCUCUUCCCCAGUUCUUUAACUGAAUACGAACUCCACACCCAACCUUCAUGCAGGCUUCUGUAUCUGCUAUUGCUAGAAUAUAGGCAAAAGGCUAUUCCAGUCUCUCUGAGCAUACUGGGUAGGAACUCUUUGGAGCAGUAAGCUCAUCUCCUUGUGGUCUGCCCAAAGCCAGGCUUUUCACCUAAUAGACAAAGGGAAUUGGCAGUUUUAAAGGUGGGAUAUUUUUACCCCAGUUAUAGUAAGGUUUGAUGUUUCCUUUUUAGAGUUUACAGAACUGUAAAUACCUGUGUUUUUUGACCUUCAGUCCAAUUCCCAGUGUGCACACAGUCCAUUGUCUCAAUGCAAUAGCUAUCCAAAUCUGUUCUCCACUCUCCAUUGGAAAUAAUCAGGUUAGUACUCUAAGGAAAGGGCUAACCAAAGGGCAUCCAGGCUCCGUGCAAUAGAUCCGUGAACGUAAAAUAAAACUUUCCUAGUUUGUUUAUUUUUAAUUUUGUCUUGUUCAGUUUCACUUUCACCAUUUCACACAUUGGGUUAUCAGAUAUCACAACAUCCAGAGAUGCUUUCUCCAGACUAUGCAUGAUUUUUUAACAUCUCCAUCCCACCCAAAUUAAAUUUGCCUUUCUAGUAAUGUUUUUUGAUUUCUGUACGUAUCCAGUUUGCCUAGGUGAGUUUACAGCUGAACCUCAAUGUCCCCCAUAAUGUUGCGCUUGCGUCUCACAGGAGUAAACUUUUGCAGGAUGUACAUGAACGCUCAUCCCGAAAUUAAAAAGUGACUUGUGGGAAGGAAGAUUCUGUAAUAUCACGUCAUACAAGAUUAACAGGAAUUACACAGUAUUGCCAACUCUCGUGGUUUUACUAGCGGUCUCGGAAUACUUAGUGUGUUGUUUUUUUUAAAUCCCCAGUUUCUGGAGUCAAAUGAUUGUGAGAAUCUCCACUUUCAGUUUGUAAAAAGAUAUGUUUUUAGCUCUUGUUAUUGCAGAGAAAAGCAUGAACGUGUGAAUCCUAAAAAUUCAACACAAAGUAAGUAAAAAGGACCCCAAACUAGACAAAUUCAAAUUAGAAAUUAGGUACAAAUUUCCAACAGUGGGGGCGAUGAACUAUUGGAACACGCUACCAAGGGAAGUGGUGGAUUGUCCAUCUCUUCAUGUCUUUAAAUCAAGAUUGGAUACCACUCUGGAAGAUGCGUGUUAGUCAGACACCAGUUAUUGGGCUCAAUCCCCAGGAGUAACUGGGUGAAAUUUGAGGGCCCGUGUUAUGCAGGAGGUCUGACUAAGUGAUCUGAUGGUCUGUUCUGGCCUUAAGUACUAUGAAUCUAUGAAAACUUACUGUUUUUAAAAUCUUGGGAUUUCUAAGCCAAUCUCAUGACUUUUGGGGGCCUGAUUUGAAUUCUCUGACCGCUCGGGGUUGGCAAUAUUGACAAUGACCUUAAUUCAGAGUCGUUUGUCCAAGUUUGUUUGCUGUUUAGAAAUGAAUUAGCCUAACUCUUUAGGCAGAUUCUAUUUCUUUGUUGUAAAGCGCAAUAUGUUAACUGUGCAAGUUAAAAGUUACUUCCAUUAAACAUACUCUCACACACAUAUAUGUACAUCUAUAACUAUGCACAAAAACAGAGAGACCAUAUCUCCUGUACUGUAGGACAUAUAAAGUAAAAGUGUAUGAAUCUCUCUUAGUAAGACCUUGGUAGCUACUUCCAUUGAGAGGUAGAAAACUUACCUGAAGUGAGUAAGAAUUUAUUUUUAACGUUCUUUCAGCUCAAAGCUGCUUCCUCCGCCUACUUCUCAAACAUGCUAGGUACUAAAGAGCAAGGAGAGGUCCUGCUUAAUGUUCUUGAAGCAGCACAGACAAGUUUGUGGAGGCUUCUGUGCUAAUGGGACCAUGUACUGGAUCUGCACAGUAGUGAUUUUUAAAAAAACUUUCCAAACUAUGUUUUCCAACUCUGGGUCAUUGUGACCCCUGCUAUUUUCUCCCUUGGGAGCUGUGCCUUUCACCCUCUCCUCCUAACCAUGUACCAAGGCGGCAGUCAUAGUAACAGCUGUGAAUCCAUUUGUCUAUUGUGAGUAGCUCUCAUAUUUUUGCGAGAAGCUGUUGUCCCGUGAAACCCCUUUUAGCUCAGCAUUUUUGUGUGGCUUGCAGGCAGCUACCGCACGCCUCCCCCCUGUGUUAUAUAGCUGCACCCAAAUUCAGUGAAGUUCACUAUAUAAUUACCCCAGAUUAUAUUCACCCAGCUGUGCUAUGCAAAAUCUUUUUCCCAAAAGCAGCCCUGUAGAUGGGUGUGUACUUUAAUCAUAUAGUAUAUAAAGCAUGUGGUGUGGGUGGGUUUUUUCUCUGAAGUUCAAGAUUAAGGAGCAAUUGAAUGCUUUGUCUAUGCAUUAUUUUGUGGGGGCUAGAAGAAGGUUUACAAGGACAUACAGACUCCAGUCGAAAUGUCAUUCUAGUGGUGCUAGGCUAAUGCUACUGAGGGAGCUGGAGCUGACCAGAGCCCACUCUAGCCUUAUGGUAAUCCACAGUCACUGUUUGAGAUGUGUGAUUAGAUGGUGAAGGCUCUUGGGAAUGUAUUGUGCAUUUGCCUUUGUGUAAGGUUCACAUAGGCUUCUGCCAAGAAAUUCAAGAGGGACAGCAUCUUUUGAUGCAUAUCAUAUCAAAUCAUCAUCAUCAAAUACACAUGGCCUACUGAGGACCAUUGCACCACCAGAGUUGAUGGCAUCGUACCUGGCAUCAUAGAGUGAAGUUCCCAACUUUGGGCUGCCUCCAUGAGUGUGUCUGUGUUGUAGAGGCAUUGGGACAGGGCUGCUAAUGGAAAAGGAAGGCGAGGAUUCCUUGUCCCAAACUCUCUGGUCCCAUCGGUUUCUAUUAAGCAUCACAGUUUGUGGUUAAACAUUAUUUGCCAACUGAUUCUCCAAGCCUCAACCUAAAACUGUAGCUUUCCACUGUCUGUGAUUUUCACUAAAUCUAAUUUCCUCACUCUUCAUCUGAGCUGUGCUGAGUGAGAGAGGGAGUUUACAAUAUACCUUUGCAUUCUCAACAGUUAUCACAGUGACACACAGGCCUCAGGCCAACAGACAUCUCUGUGGCCAGCCAUUGACUGUGUGCUUGUGGUGCUAUUUCUUGCCCCAGCUCCUUGAGAGAGAGAGAGAGAGAGAGUGUAGAAGCACUACUUGUAUCCCUGUGUGAUGGAGCUAACUGUGACCUUGGGGAUUAGGUGCUUGCUGGCCACAUCCAUGACUCUUGCUUUAUGGUGGUCCCUCAAAAAAGACAAAUUAACUGAGAGACCUUUCCUAUACCAGCCAGUUCGAUUUCUGAAUUUUAAAUAAAAACUCUUGACCUGCUUGUGGUGUUGCAGUUAAGCACAAUAGCAUGUGUUGUGCUCUGGCGCUUUGUCAAAUUCUGAAUGCUAUAUGCUGUAUUGAUGAGGGACGAAAGUAAUCAUACUGGCAAGAGAAGCAGUAAAUAUCUCAGGAGAGGAGGGGAUGCUAAGGGUGAGUGAAUGGCCUAAACGUGGCCUAAUCUAAAGGACCCUUCUUCGCAACACAGGGAAUUCAGGUCCUAAAGAAGGAAAAGGGGUGGGAGUUGGAGUCACUAAGCAUCUACUGUUUUUUCUUCAGUGUAUAGAAAUGGGUAUUCAUGUAUAUAAAUACAUACACAGCUGCAUAUAGCUGCACAUUUCAAACAUUCUCUUAGAAACCCUCUCAUAUCAUGAGAAAACUCUGAGUAGGGUGGAGAGAGAUGUGCAUAUUUCCUAGCUAGUGGACAUAGGUUGUGUUCUGUGGUUGGAUAACCUCUAUAUUCGGCCAUCCCAGAAAUGUUUUUCUUUUACAUUGUUGCAAAUGCUUUGGCAUAUUUUUUUUAACCUUUUGCAUUAAUUUCGUGCUCUAAUGCGAGUUCAAACCACCAGCUUUUAACUAACCAAUGGGUCAGUGAUUUAACAGUGGUGUAUGUUAGCCAUAGUCAUUUGCUGAGUCACCAAUGUGAUAUAUGUACAAAUCCUAUUUAUGUGUUCUGUAAAAAUGUCUACAUCGUUCUUGGGGAACAAUUCAUGUCUAUGUUAAACCAUUACAUGUAUAUUUAUAUUGUUGAUUAACAUUAACCAAAUAGGACAUUAACUGGUCAACCACUAUUCUCCAACAGUGUGCGUGAUAGAUUUAAAGGGUUAAAUUUAGGAUGAUGCUUUUAGACACUUCCUUUCCUACAUUAAAUUAGCUCCCAUGAGAGAGAGAGAAUGUCAUUGUGAAUCACUCCUGCCAGGAAUCCUACCUGUACAAAAAUAGAUUUUCUAUCUCAAGGGCCUUAAUGAGAGUGUUACUACACAGGACUAUUUUACAAUGAUAUCUCUAAAUAAUUUAUUUUUUAGUUCAACAAAUUACACCUUAAAAAAAGUAAUAAAGUUGGUUUUCAAAACCAUAUUUUUAUGCUAGUAGCACUGGACUGUUCGGUCUCUGAGCUCCAUCUCUGCAUUUCAUUGUCUGGGUUUGUUCUAAAGAAGAUUUAUUUUUGUUCUGUGAAUAAUUUUUCCAAGGUUCUUGUAUAUGUACAGAUAUAGAUACAUUUGAGGUCUUUUAUUGAUAUUCCUACAAAGAAUACAAAUAAACUUUAACUUUAAACAGUU